CAGAGCAGAGGCCCGGCUACUGCAUUUCUCCCUCGGCUUACUCGCUCACUCUCAUUCUCUGCAACUUCGACGGAUUCCAAAUGGCUAAAAUUUGUUGAAUUUUAGUGGAUUUUGAGUUCCGGAUUCCUCUGUGUUCUCUUUUCGAAGGUUUCAGUUUUUGUCUCCAUAGAUCUGUGAGGGAGCUGUUGAAAGGUAGUGGCGUGAGUGAGAAACAAUGGGUAAGUCUGCUUCAUGCUUUAAGAUAAUGGCGUGCGGUAGCGAUUCGCAGGACAAAGAUGAUAAUGAUAUUCCUGAGAGUAAGCGUUUGAAUGACAAGCAAGGCUGGAGCUUUCGAAAGAGAUCAAAUCGGCAACGAGUUCUAAGCAACACUGUGAUAGCUGAAAUCCAUUCUCCUGGAAAUAAAGAUAGCUUCGAUACUGCUAGCAUUAACUUCCAUCAACCAUCUAACUGUUCCAUUUUAGAAAAAAGUGCUGCUGUGGAGUGCGCAAAUGAGAAACCUCAAUUACUGGGUACUGAAAAUCCUAAAGAAUCUGAAGCUGUUGAUAUAAUUCAAAAGGAGAGUAAGGUUGAUGUUGAGCUGGAGGAACGCAGUGUUAUUAUCAUCCAGACUGUUAUCAGAGGCCUGUUGGCCCAAGGAGCAUUGCUAAAGCUUAAGAAUGUGGUUAAGUUGCAAGCUGCUGUACGUGGGCACUUGGUUAGGAAACAUGCUGUAGGAACUCUUUGCUGUAUUCAAGCCAUCAUCAAAAUGCAAGCUCUUGUCCGUGCGCGUUGUGCCCGUUUGGCACUUGAACAAGCACAUUCUGAAGAACUGGAUGUCAAGCGAACAAAGGACAGCAAUAGUUAUGAGGAGAAGGAAAAUUUGAGGAAAUCGAGUGUAACAUACGCUUCAAUUGAGAAACUACUUAGCAAUGGCUUUGUUCGGCAGCUUCUUGAGUCUACACCAACUACGAGACCUAUCAACAUUAGUUACUAUCAUUCUAAAUCUGAGGUUACUUGGAAAUGGUUGGAGAGAUGGACAUCUUUCUCAUCAGUCGAUGAUUUGGAGAUAAAGAAAGCAGAGUUCAUGACGGGGGAACAAGGAAGAGAGAAGGAAGAAAACUUCUGUGCGUCUGAAGUUAGUUCUGGGACUGAUUCUAAUGUUCUUUGCAAGGCAGCUGAUUCAAGAACCAGCCCUGGGGAAUCGAUUGUGCAUUCUGAAAGUGAAGAUAACUUGAUUACUUACGAUAUGGAUAGUUCAGAGUUUCAGCCAUGUCAAGUUACCUCUUCCAUGGCAAGGAGUGGGAGUUUAGAGCAGUCAUGGCUUGAGGACACGGGUGCAUCGACUGUAAAAGAGACCUUUAUGGAGGUAAAUUCUCUCCCAGGUCAGAGGAUGCAACUGGUUGCAGAUUCUCAGAUGCAGUGUAACCCGUAUACAGAGAAGCUUGGAACAGAAUUCCUGCAACACAAGAUACCGAGUGGGAUAUUUUCCUCAGAUCAACCUGAUGUGAAGGAUAAAAAGACUAUUUUUGGUACAAGAAGGGCCAGUAAUCCAGCUUUCAUUGCUGCCCAGUCUAAAUUUCAAGAGCUGACUUCAAUGGAAAGUUCGGGUAGAUCAAUCAGUUCAUCAUAUCAAGAUACAGGGGCAGGGUCUUGUAUUGGUGCAGUCUCAUCUGCAUCGGGUACUGCUCUAAGGACAGAGGAGUUGGCCACUACUGAAAACUUCAUCGCACAUGGAUCCAGGACAGUUCAUGUUGGUAGCUCGGAAUGUGGGACUGAACUUUCUAUUACCUCUACUCUUGAUUCACCGGAUUUAUCCGAAGCUGGAGCCUUUGAAUAUGAGCAGGAAACCAAUAUAACAGAGGCAUGUGUCCAUGAUCAUAGCAGCAAUAAGAGCACAGAAAUUGAAGUGGGUAGUGCUCCGACCAGUCUAAUAUCGAACUUAUUUCAACCUGUCUUAGGGUCUCCAGAAAAGCCCGGUGUUGUUUCUAGUGAAUCCAUCAAUAAAAUAAAUGUGGACUCUGCUCAAAAAGAAGUGACGCCGGACAUGAACGGAUCAUAUCUGCAGAGAGAACAGGAUGUUGAAACAGGUAAUUACAGGUUAUCCCCAUCAGCCUCUCCAAGUAGCCAUGUUACUGUUCUCGAUUCCCAAGGAACACCUUCUAGUCAGAUCUCACUAAAAUAUAAUAAGAGAAAAACCGAUACGAGCAGAAGCAACCAAAAGCGCAAGUCCCUCCCUGCUGGUAAGAAAUUACCCUCAAAUCUGCAAUGCAAUGUUGACUCGCCAAAUAAUUUGGAACCUUUGCCAAAAGACCAGAAGAUUGAAAAGAGGCGCAAUUCCUUUGGAUCUGCAAGAGCUGAUCAUAUUGAAGAAGAGUCGAGAGAAAGCAAUACUAAUCAAUCUGUCCCUCACUUCAUGCGAGCUACAGAGUCUGCUAGAGCUAAGGUGCAGCUAAAUAAUUCUCCAAGAUCCAGUCCUGAUGUCCAAGAUGCAGAAAUAUACAUUAAGAAGAGACAUUCCUUACCUGGUGCCAACGGAAGGCAGGGAUCCCCACGCAUCCAAAGAUCAACGUCUCAAGCACAUAAGAGCGGGAAGGGAAAUGAGAGGAAGUGGCAAAGGUAGAUGGUGGGUGAAUUUGUGGCUGCUUGGUGAUCAACAUUUUUUUUUUAAUCACGACUUCAAAGACCGACAAUGUGACGGCAUCAGAGAUCUGAAUGGUGAAUUUGGUUCUGGUUAGUGACCAACAUUAUUUUUUUCCCCAAACUUUGAAGCUGUGCCACCCCACGAAAUCUGACCAUGGUAUUCUCAUAUAGAGUUUGUGCGCCUUUUGGUAUUUGCAUGAGUUCUUGGUUAGAACCAUCAGAGGGGUCCUAAUGGUUUGGACUUGAGUAGGUCGAAAAAAGACACAACGUUGGCGAGAACGACAUUUUGUAGAAUAUAUUAUUCAUUUUCCUUUAGAUCAUUUAAUGUCUCUCCUAGAAGUUGGUUACUGCGAGAAGGGUUUGUCUACAUUUGUUAUGUCUGUGUACAUUGUGAUUGAGGAUCAGUUGAUCGUUAUUGUUAUAUUCUUAUAGAGAAGUGAUUAUUAUCCUUGCUGCA